AUGACUAGAGUCGUGGUAACAGGAGCAGGGAUAAUUUCCCCACUAGGCGUCGGCCUCAAACACAAUUGGACUAGACUUAUUGCCAAUGAAUCGGGACUUAUUUCGACAACACAGCUACCCAAGUAUUCACAAGAUGGCUGGGACAAGAUCCCAUCUAAAGUUGUGGGGGUGGUACCUGAGGGUCCAUUAUCCCAAGGCAAGUGGAAUCCAACCGAACAUAUUACUACCGGAGAAAUCAAACGAUUAGCAAAAUUUAGUCAAUAUGGCCUUGCAUGUACUCAAGAAGCCAUCAACGAUUCACAAUUAGAUCCAUCGACAUUGAAAAGCUCUACAUCGAUAGGAGUUGCCGUGGGUAGUGGAAUUGGCUCUUUCCAAGACAUAUAUGAUAACACCACUGCAUUCAAUCAAGGUGGUUAUCGAAAAGUUCAACCUUUGUUCAUACCCAGAUUAUUAAACAAUAUGGCAGCAGGGAAUAUUUCAAUAAAAUAUGGUUUGAAAGGUCCAUUGCAUUCAGUGUCUACUGCUUGUGCCACAGGAUUGCAAGCUAUUGGUGAUGCAUACAAUUUCAUCAAGAUGAAUUAUGCUGAUGCUAUGUUUUGUGGUGGAACAGAAUCAUCAAUCCAUCCGUUAGCACUAUCUGGUUUUGCUAGAGCGCGUUCAUUGGUGACUGACUUCAAUGAUGAACCUACAAAAGCAAGUCGACCAUUUGAUAAAGAUCGAAAUGGAUUUGUACUAAGUGAAGGAUGUGGGAUUGUUGUGGUGGAAAGUUUGGAUCAUGCUUUGAAGCGUGGUGUUACGCGGGACCAAAUUUAUGGGGAGAUUUUGGGAUACGGCUUAUCAGGAGAUGCAUAUCAUAUAACUGCGCCACAAGAAGAUGGAGAAGGUGCAUACAAUGCUAUGAAGCAAGCUUUAACUCGAGCACAAGUCGAUCCGAAAAAAGUAAAGUACAUAAACGCACAUGCUACAUCAACCACAAUUGGCGACCGAGCCGAAAAUAACGCCUUGUACCGAUUAUUUCCCCAACUGACGUUAGUCUCAUCGACAAAAGGAGCCAUUGGUCAUUUAUUAGGAGCAGCUGGUGCAGUCGAAACGAUAUUCACUCUACAGGCUAUCAAAACGGGUCAAAUACCACCAACGUUGAACUUGAAUAGCGUAGGUGGGAAAUCGGGUGAUGAAGCAGAGAAAUUUGCCAAGUUCGAUUACGUUGCAAACAAGGCAAAAUUUGAUAUUGAUGUUGAUUAUGCUAUGUGUAAUUCAUUUGGAUUUGGUGGAGUAAAUAGUAGUCUAUUGAUUCGUAGAUACAAUGGAGAUUGA